UGGAUUGGUCAGAUGACGAAGGUGCGCGCUUUGACGGGUCACGUGGAGGGGGAAAGAUGGCGGCCUCGGAGAUGUGUGGAAGGAGCAGUCGAGAGCUAUGGACCAUCCUGCUGGGAAGAUCCGCAUUGAGAGAACCGGCCCAAAUCGAAGCGGAACUGGACAGAAAUUGGGAGCGCUUGCACCUGGGAUUGUGCUACUAUAAAACACCCAGUCCAUCAUCGGCUGACAAGUUGAAGGCUGAUAAGAAUGUUACUCAACCAAUGAAAGACUUUGGCCUGAGAAUCAGUAAGCUCCUGGGUCUGGAUGAACAGCAGAGCGUGCAGAUACUGGAAUGUUACUUGCAGGAGGAUUACAGAGGAACUCGCAACACCAUGAAGUCUGUCCUGCAGGAUGAAAGGCAGAGCCAGGCCCUGCUGUUGAAGAUCGCUGACUAUUACUAUGAGGAGCGGAUCUGUCUGUUACGCUGUGUGCUCCUGCUUCUGACCUUCUUCCAGGACGAGAGGCAUCCGUUCAGGGCGGAGUACUCCAACUGUGUGAGCAAGCUGGAGAAGGACCUGGUGAUCAAGUACCAGCAGCAGUUUGAGACCCUGUUCAAAGCGGAGGCACCGACAUGGGAGAGCCAUGGAAACCUCAUGACGGAGAGGCAGGCGUCUCGCUGGUUCCUGCAGUGUCUUCGGGAGCAGUCUCUCCUUUUGGAAAUCCUCUUCCUGUACUACGCCUACUUCGAGAUGGCGCCCACAGACCUGCUCUCCUUCACUAAGAUCUUCAAGGAGCAAGGGUUUGGACAAAGGCAGACAAACCGGCAUCUGGUAGACAAGAGCAUGGAUGUGUUGGUUGAUCGGAUCGGGUACCUGAGCUCUCUGAUCCUGGUCGAGGGAAUGGACAUAGACUUCCUGCACAAGUGUGCCCUCGAGGAUCGCACAGAGCAGCACCAGUUUUCAAAUUGUCCUGACAUCUGCAAAGAGAUGGACCAAAUUCUGCUCAAUUUCGGGGACAUCCCCCACCACGCCCCGGUUCUGCUGGCCUGGGUUCUGCUGCGGCACACGCUCAACCCGGACGAGUCCAGUCCGGUAGUCCGUCGGAUCGGCAACACCGCCCUGCAGCUGGCCGUGUUCCAGUACCUGACCACCAUGCUGCAGGCUCUGGGGGGCAGCGCCAACAAUUGCACAGCCAGCACCGCACGCAUGUGUAUCUACGGCCUCAUCUCCUUCGUCAUCACCUCCUUUGAAGAGGACACUCUUGGAAGCCAGCAGCACCUGAUCAAUGUGGCCUGUGAGGUCCUGUCUGCUCCUAACCUGGCUGAGCUCUUCUGGGAGACGAAGCCCAACGCGGGAUUGGGAAUGAUCCUGGACAGCGCUCUCGGGAUUUUCCCUCACAAGAUCGGACCGCUCCUCCAGCUGCUGACCGCCCUGCUGUCCGACAAGCCCACCGCCAAGAAGGUCUACAGCUUUCUGGACAAGAUGUGCUUCUACACGGAGGUGUACAAGCACAAGCCCAAUGACAUCCUCUCCCGGGAGGAUGAGACUCUGUGGCGGAGACAGACACCCAAGCUCCUCUACCCUCUUGGUCUGGGCCAGACCAACCUGCGCAUGCCGCAGGGCUCCUUCGGCCAGGUGGUCCCGGGGGAUCAGGGCUACAUGGUGCGCUGGGACUACUCCUACAGCUCCUGGACGCUGUUCACCUGCGAGAUCGAGAUGCUGCUGCACGUGGUCUCCACCGCAGACGUGAUCCUGCACUGUGAGAGGGUGAAGCCCAUCCUGGACCUGGUGCACAAGGUGAUCAGCACAGACUGGACCGUGUCUGACUGUCUCCUGCCGAUCACCUCCCGCAUCUACAUGCUGCUGCAGAGGCUGACAUCGGUGAUAAACCCCCCUGUAGAUGUGAUAGCCUCCUGUGUGAACUGCCUGACAGUGCUGGCAGCUCGGAUGCCAGGGAAGGUUUGGUCCAGCUUACACCACACCGGAUUCCUUCCGUUCGCCUCCACCCCCCUCACCAACAUAGCGCAGUCCGUCAGUGCUGAGGGUAUGAAGGCCGGUAACUAUGGCAACCUACUGGUGCUGAUCGAGCAGCCUCGGGGAGAGUACGCAGUGACCAUCGCCUUCCUGCGCCUCGUCACCACCCUCGUCAAGGGCCAGCUGGGCAGCACCCAGAACAAGGGCCUGGUCCCCUGUGUGCUGCUGGUCCUGAAGGAGAUGCUCCCCACCUACCACAAGUGGCGCUACAACACCUACGGAGUGAGAGAGAGGAUCGGCUGUCUGAUCCUGGAGCUCAUUCAUGCCAUCCUCAACCUGAGCCCUGAGGGAGAGUCAGAGGGCAGCACCCCCAGCCUGCAGUCCCUCUGCAUCUACAGCCUGGCCAACACCGACGCAGGGCAGGCUGUGGUCAACAUCAUGGGAAUCGGGGUGGACACCAUCGAUGUGGUGCUGGCAGCCCAGCCCAGCAGCGGUGGUUCUGAGGGUCCAGGUCAGAUCCUCAUCCAGACGGUGAAGCUGGCCUUCUCCGUCACCAACAACGUGAUCCGGCUGAAGCCUCUGUCUGACGUGGUGUCUCCCCUGGAGCAGGCACUGACACAGCACGGUGGCCAUGGAAACAACCUGAUUGCAGUCCUGGCGAAGUACAUCUACCACAAACACGACCCGGCCCUGCCCAGACUCGCCAUACAGCUCCUGAAGAGGCUCGCCACGGUGGCCCCCAUGUCGGUGUACGCGUGCCUGGGCGGUGACGCAGCGGCGAUCCGAGACGCCUUCCUGAUCCGGCUGCAGAGCAAGACCGAGGACGUGCGCAUCAAGGUCAUGACCCUGGAGUUCCUCACCGUCGCCGUGGAGACGCAGCCGGGCCUCAUCGAGCUUUUCCUCAACCUGGAAGUGAAGGACGGGCCGGAGGGGUCGAAGGAGUUCCUGCUGGGCGAGUGGAGCUGUCUGCAGGUGGUGCUGGACCUGAUCGACUCCAGGCAGCAGGGCAAGUACUGGUGCCCCCCGCUGCUGCACCGGGCUGCUGUGGCCUUCCUGCACGCGCUGUGGCAGGACCGGAGAGAGAGUGCCAUCUCAGUGCUGCGCACCAAAGAGAAGUUUUGGGAGAAUCUGACAACGACCCUCUUUGGGACUCUUCCCCCUCCUUCAGACACAACAGAGCCUUGCGUUCUUGAAACAUGUGCCUUUGUCAUGAAGAUCAUUGGUCUGGAAAUCUACUACGUGGUCAGUGGCUCUCUGGAGCAGUCUCUGAAGGACACACUGAAGAAGUUCUCAGUGGGGAAGCGUUAUGAGUACUGGUCCCAGUACGUGAGAUCGCUGGUGUGCCACAUGGCGGAGACGGAGGAGGAUGGCGUGAGAUCUUUCUCUGAGUGUCAGAUGCUCAUCUCCGCCUGGAGGAUGCUACUCAUCCUCUCCACCAGCCAUUCUGACGUGAUGCAGCUGACAGAUGACGCCACCCGACUGAAGCUCUUUAUGGAAGUGCUGGAUGGAACCAAAGCUGCUCUGCUGGUGCCCAUGUCGGUGCAUUGCCUACGCCUGGGCUCCAUGAUGGCCACCCUGCUGCUCAUCCUGCUCAAACACUGGAAGAGCGUGGUGGCGUCAGCCCCUGAUGUGCUCCUGCCCCUGUCUCUGAUCCUGGAGAGCAUCGUGCAGGCGGACCAGCAGCUGAUGGAGAGGACCAAGGCCAAAGUGUUCUCCGCCCUCAUCUCUGUGCUGCAGAUACAGGGCCUCAGCGGCGGGGAGAUUUCCCAGCUGCCCCAGCUCCUGCUGUGCGUGUGCGAGACGGUGCAGGACGAGGCGCUGGCGCUGAUGGACAGCACGCGUCACACGGCCCUGGCAGGGGACGUCCCGGAGGACAAGGACAGCAUGGAGACGGACGCUGCGCCCCGGAGCCUGCACCAGGACCAGAGAGACGGGGUGUGUGUGUUGGCGCUGCACCUGGCGAAGGAGCUGUGCAGGGUGGAUGAGGACGGUGAGCACUGGCCUCUGGUGCUGCGGAAGCUUCCAGUCCUGCCCUCCCUGCUGAGCGCCCUGGAGCUCAGCCUGAGAGUGAAACAGAACCUGUACUUCACUGAGGCCACGCUACACCUGCUGCUCACACUCGCCCGCACCCCACAGGGUGCGGUGGCAGUGGCCGGGGCCGGGGUGAUCCAGAGCAUCUGCCUCCCCCUGCUGAGUGUGUACGAGAUCCCCACCAACGGAGGAGUGCAGGGCUCCGGUUUCUCGCGGAAGUCCCAGGACACGCCGUCCUGGCCGGGGGUGUACCGGCUCUGCAUGUCCCUGAUGGAGAGCCUGCUGAAGACGCUGCGCUACGGCUUUGUGAACGAGGCGCUGGACUUCGUGGGGGUUCAUCAGGAGCGCAUCCUGCAGUGCUUGAACGCGGUGCGUACAGUGCAGAGUCUGGCGUGUCUGGAUGAAGCAGACCACACGGUGGGCUUCCUGCUGCAGCUGGCCAGCUUCUGUAAGGAGUGGCAGUUUCACCUGCCACAGCUACUGCAGGACGUUCAGGUGAACCUGUGUUACCUGUGCCAGACGUGUACAUACCUCCUGCACAGCAAGAAGAUGCUCCACCACUACCUCCAGGUGAAGAACGGGGAUGCGUUGCCCCCCGGACCCCUGUCCCGGGCCCAGCGGGGGCCCCACACCCCCUCCAAGCAGCCGGGCGGGGCGGGGGGUGGGGAGCGUGACGAGGCGGAGCAGAAGGCCCUGCUGGCCGUCCAGUGCAGUCUGCUGAAGAUCCUCAGCAAGACGCUGGCCACCCUGCAACACUUCACCCCCGACUGCUGCCAGAUCAUGCUGGACCAGUCCCUGGACCUGGCGGAGUACCGCAGUCUGUUUGUGCUCAGCUUCACCACGCCUGCCUUCGAGUCGGACGUCGCCCCUUCCUUCGGGACCCUCCUCGCCACCAUCAACGUGGCGCUCGGCAUGCUGGGAGAGAUUGAGAAGAAGAAAGAGCCGGCCUCCCUAAGUGUAGGGUCUCUGACCUCAUCCGAAGAAACCCAAGCCCUGAAAUCGCUGCUGGCGUUCACCAUGGAGAACUGCUUCUACGUGCUGAUCUCUCAGGCGGUGCGGUACCUGAAGGACCCCACGGUGCACCUGAGAGACAAGCAGAGGAUGAAGCAGGAACUCAGCUCAGAGCUGAGCACGCUUCUGUCCAGUCUGUCCCGGUACUUCCGCCGCGGGUCCCCCUCCUCCCCGGCCAGCGGACUGCUCCCCUCCCCCCAGAGCAAGCCUUCCACGCCGGGCUCCAAAGGAGGCCCCGAGGGCCAGGAGCCCUUCAUCCAGCUGGUGCAGGCCUUCGUCCGCCACGUCCAGAGAUAGGGGCGCCCCACCUCCCCCAACCCCCCUCCUCCCCUCCCCGUUCCGCUCAGGGCCCAGAGCAUUCUGGGUGGUCUCACCGGGACUCCGACAAACCUCGAUGCCGCCCGCCGGGUCUGCGACUCGCCUCCAGCGGGAAAUGUGGCGUGACUGGGAUCGUGAUGACAUCACGGGAGCGAUUCACGUCGACAGGAUCCCAAACCUCAUCACCACAGCAACACGGGCAAGGCCGCGAACGCAGGCCUUUCAGCACAGGCGAAAGACCCGUCACACAGGGUUAGCACUCUUUAACAUGCGACUAGAUGCGGUUUAUGGGCAGGCCUCCGAUUGUCAAAACGCUGCUGUCGGUUGACUUGAACAUCCUCUUGUGCCAUUGGUAUUAAUUUGAUUUAAAAAUCUGGUACCGAUUUAGCCUUCAGCAGCCGACAAAUUCAACAACUGAAUGUGCAAUAGUUUACAGGUUCAGUUACUCUUCCUUCCUUUCUGUUACCGCAGAAGGAGAUCACGUGCGAUUUGUUAUGCCUACCUUACUUGAAGUAACUUAGUGGCCUCUAAGGACAUGGAACCCUUUUAUAAAUGAAAAAUGUUCUCUUUGUAUUUGGGGUGUCUGGUUGACUUACAUUUAAGAUGGGGACGAAUGUUCAAACCAAAUGUAGCUGUGGUUGCGUGGUAUCCGUUGCAGUCUUGGGGUCUUUCAAUCAAGAGCAAAAAUGCUGGCAUUUAAGCACUAUACUUUUCUCAAAAUACACAUGUAUGUUGAAAAAAGUAUUUGCUGCUUCAAAUUUACAACAUGGCCAAAACACCUUUGUUGUUAAAGCUAGCCAGCUCUCCCCAGGUUUCCUGAAGGAAUAUAUAUUUUUAAAAAUAAAAGUAACCUAUUUUAGACCAAGCAUAUUGGAAAGAGUGAAUCUGAGUCAUUAAAUACUUUCAUUCUCAGGGCUUCUGACACGAUAUGUUUUGUAUUUGAUUAUUCUUGAAGGAAAUGUCUGUAGGGAACAACGGUGUAUUAGACAUAUGUGCCUAACUUUGUGCUUUCGCCCUCACAUUUGUCAGUCCUCUGCGCGUUUCAAAGAGCCGGUCUUAGGUUCUGCUCUGGUGAUUCAAUGACCCCUUCAUAACAGAAUGGUGCCAAUGGGAAGACCUGUCUGACCAAGUAUUUAUGAUUACCCGCGGAUAGAUUAUGAAGACGUGUAGUAAAAGCUAAAUGUGCAUGUUCUUCACACUUACGUUAGCUUAGAGAGUACGUAAUCAUUCUAUAUUAUUAUACCCUUCUGAAAUGACAGCUGUAGCGCUUUGGCCCAGAGUGUUGUUUCGGCUCUGCUCCUUUCGUUUUUAACCAUACUUUAAGCUUUGUGCCGUGUCUCAUCUACUCCAAUAUGCCAAGCCUUGCUUGUCUGUCUAUAUGCUCUUGUAAAUGUAUGGUCAAAAAAACAAUGUUGGAACUUAAAAAAAGAAAAGCCAAGAUUUGUAUGUUAACCUAUUUUUGUCUUGUUUAUACAAUAAAACAAUUUUUUUGUAGAAGAA